AUGGAGUCACUAGGAAACCCUAGUUUUAUCUUGAGAGGGUAUAUGUUUGAAAGGUACAGUAAAAAUAUACUAACCUGCUUAGUUGGUUUAGGUGCCACAGCAAUAGGCGUUGCAAUAGGGUCCUUUUUCAAUGAUAAUGAAACUAUCGAAGAAUUACACGAUUACUUGGAUAAAGAACAAUAUAUACAAUAUCUGGUUUCAUCAUUUAUAAAGAAAGAUGAAUUCAUAGAACUUUUCAAAUACGCUGUUUUAUCAAUUAUUUUCAUGAUAGCUUUUGCAUUAGCAUUUGCUGGUUUCACUUUAGUAAAGUUGAAGAAACAAGAUAAAACAACUGCCUUGAAAUUAGAAAAUAUUCAUGAAAAAAUCUCUAAUAUUGAACAUGUUAUCGAAUCAAUUCUUAGAGAUCACGAGAAUAUCGAUAUAGAACAAUUAAAAUUUUUCAAAUCUGAAAUUGACCAACAAAGGAUCACCUUUAAAAACUUGAUUUCCAAUAAAACCCUAGAGCUAGAAACAAAAAUAUCUGCAGCAACUUCGGUAUGUUCAAAAGCUAAAACGCAAGUUCAAACUGAUUUGAAGAAUGCUAAGGAUAUGAUAUGCCAUUCUGAUUAUUUAAAGAACGAAUUAAACGCUAUCCAACAGACCCUUAAUAAUGUGAAAUUGAAGUCACAAACAAUUGAAACAGAUAUGACAGAACUUUAUGAUAGUAUAUCAGAAAAACGUACAUUUAUUGAGCAGGAAUUCAAAGAGAAAUUCACAUCGUUAAACGAAAAAUUGAACAGCCAAUAUGUUGAUAUUCAUAAAUGUAACAACUUGUUGCUAGAUUCUCAAAUAAUGUUGGAAGCGGCUGUUAUAGAGUUCGAAAAGGUGAGCAACCCUACUGACAUCGCUAAAAGUUCGAACAUAACUGAGAGGACGAUACUUUGCUUGAGGAAAGCUCUUGAGGUCAAGUCUUAUUACGAAACAGGAACUGAAACUGAGAACCUAUGUUCGUCUAGCAUGAUUACUGAAUUACCAUUCACAAGCGGUAAUAUUGAAACAGACCCAAAUAAAAAUUCAGUUAAUGCAUCUCUUAUUAAAAUAAUGAGUCAUGUUUCUGACAUCGAAGAACGACUGGAUGUCCAAGAGGUUCUAAUCAAAAAAAACUGCAGUGACCUGAAAAAUUCACUCAAUUUGACAGCCACAAAAGUAUCAGACAUUAAAGCUUAUAGUGAUGAAUGGAUUACUUCGUGGAUUGCUGUCUUAUAUGCUCUAUUCAACAGUACUUUCAUGAACUUAGAGGAUCAACUUUUUGGGAUCGAUUAUAUGGAGUACAAGACAAUUUUUCAGUUUGAAAGUAAUAAAUCUAAUGAAAACUCUAAUUUAUUGCAGGAUAUUGUUGAGAAAUGCAAGAAAACUUGUCUAAAAACCAUAAAUGAAGUGAAUUUGUUGAUUUUUGAAUAUUACCUAGUACAAAAGUCAUCACCGGAAUGCGGCUCGUCUCUAGUGUCGCUAUGCGAAGCAAAAAUAGAUGAAGAACUAGAAGAUCUAUUUGAAAGUAUCAAAAUUGCACUUGGGAGAUCGUCAAUUACUGAGCCUCAAAAAUCAAAUAUAUUGAACACUUUACACAAAUUAAAGCAAGACUUAGUCUCAGACUUGAAAUGUGACACCAGAAGAUACAAUAGUUUGGUCAAACAAAACCUGAAAGAUUUCCAUCUUAUUCAUGAUACAAUAAAGACCUUGCUUACCAAGCCAGAACACAAAGGCUUGUCUUUAUCAGAGGAUGAAUCUGUAAUUGAAGUUUCAGAUAACUCAAUCUCAUUAAUUUCAGAAAAUAUUAAUUCCUCCUAUUCUGAAGAUGAUUCAUCUUUCCUUAAUGAAGGUUUAAGUGGGUCUUCUUUGAGACCCUUCAAAAUAACAACUUCGUUGAAAACAAAGGGAAAUCUAUUAAGAGGGUAG